UCUCCGAUCUCAGAUCUCUCACUCACUCAUCCUCACCAUGGAUCCAGUCUCAUCCUGGGGAAACACCCCUCUCGUCACCGUCGAUCCCGAGAUCCACGACCUCAUCGAGAAGGAGAAACGCCGCCAGUGCCGCGGAAUCGAACUCAUCGCCUCCGAGAAUUUCACCUCCUUCGCCGUCAUCGAAGCUCUCGGAAGCGCGCUGACCAACAAAUACUCCGAAGGCAUGCCCGGUAACCGUUACUACGGAGGGAACGAGUUCAUCGACCAGAUCGAGAAUCUGUGCCAGUCACGCGCUCUCGAAGCCUUCCGUCUCGAGUCAGCAUCCUGGGGCGUCAAUGUGCAGCCCUACUCCGGAUCUCCGGCCAACUUCGCCGCGUACACCGCCUUGCUUCAGCCUCACGAUCGCAUCAUGGGGCUUGAUCUGCCGUCGGGUGGUCAUCUCACGCAUGGAUACUACACAUCCGGAGGGAAGAAGAUCUCUGCUACUUCCAUCUACUUUGAGAGCCUUCCUUAUAAGGUGAACUUCACCACUGGUUACAUCGAUUACGAUAAGCUUGAGGAGAAGGCCAUGGAUUUCAGGCCUAAGUUGCUCAUCUGUGGCGGUAGUGCCUACCCUAGGGACUGGGAUUACGCUAGAUUGAGAGCCGUUGCUGAUAAGGUUGGAGCUCUUUUGCUCUGUGACAUGGCUCACAUUAGUGGCCUCGUUGCUGCUCAGGAAGCGGCAAACCCAUUUGAGUACUGUGACGUUGUGACAACAACAACCCACAAGAGUUUGAGGGGUCCAAGGGCUGGUAUGAUCUUCUACAGGAAGGGCCCAAAACCACCAAAGAAGGGGCAGCCCGAGGGUGCAGUCUAUGACUUUGAGGACAAAAUCAACUUUGCUGUGUUCCCUGCGCUUCAAGGUGGUCCUCACAAUCACCAGAUUGGUGCUCUAGCUGUUGCCUUGAAGCAGGCUAACACUCCUGCUUUCAAGGUCUAUGCGAAACAGGUGAAAGCCAAUGCUGUUGCCCUUGCUAACUACCUGAUGGGCAAGGGAUACAGCAUUGUAACUGGUGGAACUGAAAACCACCUUGUUCUUUGGGAUCUUCGCCCUCUUGGAUUGACCGGUAACAAAGUUGAGAAGCUUUGUGAUCUGUGCAACAUUACUCUGAACAAGAAUGCUGUAUUUGGAGAUAGCAGUGCUCUUGCUCCUGGAGGUGUAAGAAUCGGUACACCUGCGAUGACAUCAAGGGGACUGGUGGAGAAGGACUUUGAGAAGAUAGGAGAGUUCUUGAGCCGAUCAGUGACACUCACAUUGAACAUCCAGAAGGAGCACGGUAAGCUGUUGAAGGACUUCAACAAGGGAUUGGUGAACAACAAGGAGAUCGAGGAGCUCAAGGCUGAUGUGGAGAAGUUCUCCGCCUCUUAUGAGAUGCCUGGAUUUCUCAUGUCUGAGAUGAAGUACCAGGAUUAGAGAUCUCCUUCUCUAUCAAAAGAGUGAUCUUCCAUUUCUCUUUAUAUAAUAUGCUUUUGUAGGGUCGCCUUAUCGGAAAUUUUCAAGGCGAUGAGAUGAAACAAACAGAGUAAAAAAGGGUUUUCUUGGGUUAUUUCUUCUUGAAUGUUUUCUUGUUUUUCUCUAUUUUGUUGGCUUUUUAAUAAUAUCAGCGAGUUUCUCUUACACAACAUCUAGGCACAAGCUGGGUACUUGUUUUCUUUUGUCCUAUUCGUUAUUUGGUUUGUCUCGUGGAAAUAUCAAAAUAAUCUAUCUUAUUAAAA